AUGGAGGCCUCAAAGAAAAAAUAAGUAUUGGAUAAAAUUAAGGAGAAGGAGUAAUCAGUACUAUCUGUAAAGACAUAAUAAAAGGAGGAACAUGAAAGGAAGGUCUUGGAAGAGAAUCAAAAGAGAGAAUAUUAACUCUAGGAACUUAGGAAAUUUAAAGAGCAUUAGCUGCUUGAAAAGCAUUUGUAGUAAAAAUAGUUCGAUGAGCAAGAUAUGAAAUUCAAUAUAAAAAAAGAAGAGGAAAAGUAAUUGAAGCAGCAAGUAAUGUUUAUCAAGGAAAAUAUUAAUUUGAGAAAAAAAGAAGUGGUAAAUGAGAUAAAAGCACUGAGAAAUGACUUUAGGGUUGUUAAUACAAGUUAGAAUGACUAAAGUUUUACUAGGAAUCCCUUAUAAAUGUCAAUCAUUAGUGAGACAAUAUCUAGGGGAAGAGAGAUUAGAAACAAUUUAAUUAGGGAUAGUCCAAUGAAGAGACCUGGUUAGUUAAAAGAGAUAAUGACUCCAGAAAAGAGUUUAAGUUCUAUUGGUUAAAGAAAAAUCUAGCUCAAGAAAAAAAUAGAUUUUUUGCAACAGAAAACAAGCGACGUAGCUUCAUAUGAUGGAAAACUUAACAGAGUCAACUCAGACCUUUAGUCUGCUAAUGAGUAUGGCUAUUUACAUACCAAUAGGCAAUCAAAGAUAGGUUAAAGUAUGAAAGUAGAUAAGAUGGAUAGUAUUGUGAGUAAAUCUGACCUUGGUAAACAAGAUUCCAAGAAACAGAUCUCAGUCUCCAAUACUGUCAGGAAAAAGGAUACAAGUAGUGAAUAUGACAAGAUAUUUGCAACUUAUCUUACUCCUAAGGCAUUCAGUGAAUUCAAAAGUAAAAUGCAUAGUAGUAAAAAGAAGUCUAAGAAAUAAUAGAACCUGCAAAGCAUGAUUUUGCCUAGUCUUAGUCAAAAUAAUAAUGAUAGUGUUAAUGAAAAUCAGUCUAGUAUUAUACCCCUGAGGAACCAUGCUUAGAAAGAUUAUGGAAAUGAAAUCCUACAUCAAUCUAUUAUUGCAAGAAGAAAUGUAAAGUCUAUUGAAAAAGCAAUGGAUAUUGAGAGACAAGUUAGUAAUUUGAAUAUUAGUGUUUAGAUAACUUAGAAGAGUAAAAAACUUAGCAAUGAUUUGGAAUUAUAAGCCUAGCUUUGA